AUGGACGCUGCUGCCGCCUACAAGUGGUGCAAAGAAGACAAUGUUACCCUGAAGAAUGGCCUAGUGGUCGAAAUCAAGGGGAAAGUCUGGACAGAGGAAAGGUUACUCCCAGUCCUGAGAACUCUAUCUGCAGACAGAAAAUUAUGGAUAAUAGACAUGCGCACAGAUAGCACAAGCCCUCACACAUAUGCCUUAUGUGAAUGGAAAACAGAACUUCCAGAUAAUUUCAAAGGUACCAGUGUAAAGAUACCAGGCAGUGUUGAGCUCUUUUUGACACACCCCGCAGAGGAACAGGGCGGUCCCACUUCUUCUAGUGCACCAGCCCCCGGAGGGGUUAAAGAAAGAAAAAAAGAGGAGUCUGACCCCACACCACUAAAAACUCUUGGUCCAGACUUACGUGCCGUUUUUGUGGCUCAGUGUAAGAAGGAUUCCCCAGAUUACCUGAUAACAGGAUACAGGAAGCUCAGGACCUUCUCAGGGAGACAACCAGUACCAUCCUCGAAGGACGAAUUUGAAGAAUGCCUGGACCAUGCCACUCAGGCUCUGGAAGAGUGGGAAAUUCCCGAGAAGCAUAAAAAACAAAGGAUUAUGGAGAGCCUCAAAGGACCAGCGUUAGAGGCCAUACAUAGCCUUAAACUCAGCAAAAAGGACUGUGUUGCACAGGACUACCUAGAUGUUUUGCAGAGUGUAUUUGGAAGGACUGAAAACGCCAGUGAGCUCCAUUAUCAAUUAGAUAACCUCUAG